GUGUGUGUGAUGGAGGAGGAUCCUGGCUCGGUUAAAUCUGAGUCAGAAUCAGAACGGUCUGCAGAGCCGAGCGAGAGCAGCACUGAGGACAAAACUCUCACACACUCUGAGACAACGGCACAUUGUUCACACACACACACACACACACACACUGAUCCACACCGCUGGACUCUGGACCGCCUCAGGAUUCCCUCAGGACCGUUACCCACCAUGCACCUCAGGAGCCAGUCUGAGCAGCAGGGGGCCCCUCAGGUCGGGGCCCCUUGGCGGAGCUCCAGGACCAGUGGGGCGUCUGCGCCGCGCCGCCCGCCGAUGGGAGCCCAUUCCUGGGUGAGCCUGCUGCUGGGGGCCCUGCUGGUUCCUGGAGCCUGGAGCUUCCUGAGCGAGUCGGAGGAGGAGCUGCUGGUGGAGAUGCACAACUUCUACAGAGGACGGGUUUCCCCCAGCGCGUCGGCCAUGAUGCCCCUGAAAUGGGACCCGAACCUGAAGCUGGUAGCAGAGGGCUACGCUGCUAAAUGCAUCUGGAACCACAACCCGGCGCUGGACGACACGGGGGAGAAUCUGUUUGUGAGCAGCGGGCCUCUGGACCUCCGAGACGCUCUGGAGAAAUGGUUCCUGGAACAUUUGAACUUCGACUACCAGAACAACAGCUGUGAUGAAGACAAGAUGUGUGGGCACUACACACAGAUGGUUUGGGGCGACACACACCGGGUCGGAUGUGCUUUCCAUCUCUGCAACACGAUGGAGUUGCUGGACUGGGAGCGAGUGUCAUUCCUGGUCUGCAACUACUUCCCAGCGGGGAACUUUGACGACCAGCGGCCGUACGUUGAAGGCGACUGGUGUUCCAGCUGCCCAGAAAACCUGCAGAAGUGUGAGAACAAUCUGUGCGUUCCUGACGUGGAGGAAGAGGAGGUCACCGUGGGGUCAUCUGAUCCGCCUCCUGCUGCCAGUCCUUCAUCAACGUUCACUGCUGCUCCUGCUGCCACGACUCCCAGAGCUCCCAAUACUCCCAGUAUGACCCCCACGGCAGGCAGCGCUGCAGACUCGCCUCCUCCAGGAACCGCGGAGCAGGAAGUCUUCUUCUCUCCCACAUCCAGAGCGCCGCGGGAGGAAGAGGAGGCUGGGAAGAGCGAUGAGAAGGAGAGGGAGGAGAGAGUCAUCAGGAAGCAGGAGAUCUGGCAGAAAACGUUUCCUCAGUCCAACAUCUCGGCCGGUUCCGGUUCUGUGAGCGCGGCGCCGGUCCUGCUGGCCGGCCUGGCCGGACUCCUGACUCUGUGGCUGUGAGCAGAACCAGGAGAACCGCCGGGGAGCGAAUGGCCUCCCGCUCUGACCCUUAAUAAUUCACAAGCUGCUGUUUUAACUACGUCUGGACUGGAAACUGGGUCAGAGAACCUGAUUCAGCCUGAACGGAACCAGAACCAGAACCAGAACCAGACCUGGGGGAAAACGAGCUGAUCUGACGGGAACAAACACAAACCGGAGACCGGAAACGGGAAAACAAAGUUUUCCACUGGAAGAAGGUUUACCUGCCGAAGCUGCUAAAUUAGAAAGAUGUCUCACUCUUUUAAAAAUCUAACAUUUAAGAAACGAACCAACGGGCUUCCGUUUGUAAAGUUACACAGUCAGAAAUUAACAGCAAUAAUUUGAUUUACUUAAACGGGGUUCAUAUUUCAGUCAUUUUUUAAAACCAUAUCAUUAUUUCAUUAGCAGCUGUUACAGUUAGCAAGCUAGUUAUUUAGCUAGCAAGAAAGAUAUCUAGACUAAAACUAAAUAUUUAGCUUCAAACUAUUUAGCUAUUAGGCUAAAUAUUUAGCUAGCAAACUCGAUAUUUAGCUUCACACUAUUUAGCUAACGAGCUAAACAUUUAGCCUCAAACUGAAUUUUAAGCUAGCAAGCUAAAUAUUUAGCUUCAAACUAAAUAUUUUAUUAGCAA